GUCAUUCGCAGCAAAGAAACCGAAACGAAAUGUGCUACAGGUUGUCCCUAAUUGCGUUCAGUGUGCUGAUCAGCAUCGUGUGCGUGCAAAGCGCCGCGGUGGAUCAGACGCAGCUGGUGGUGGAGAAACAGCAGCCUGAGGGCCAGACAACAGCUGAUGACGUCGAUGCGACCAGUGUGCCGGAGCAAUGCUAUCAGCCCAAGGAGACGGGUCGCUGUUUUGCACUCUUCUAUCGCUUUGCCUACAAUCUGGACACGCAUGCCUGCGAAGAGUUCGUCUACGGCGGCUGCGCCGGCAACAGCAACAACUUUGAGACCAAAGAGCAGUGCGAGCAGCUCUGCCUGGGCAAAUCAGCGCCAUCAACCGCAGCUUCCGCGACAGAGCAGAGCACGGAACUGACUCCAGAGCAACAGCAAGCGGCAGAGACGACCACGAGCAGCGCCAAUCAGCCCGCUUCGGAUUAGUGGGAAGAACCCGGACACUGUCUAUAUAUAGUACAUAAGUAAAAAGCUAACACUCACAAAUAAAUUAAUCACGCUCCCACUAUACAUACCCAUAUGUGUACAGAUUUAAUGUAUUGACACAUAUACACUUAAGUACACAGCUCCAGGGGCGGACUCUAAAGUAAAGGGUCCCAGUAUAAAAAAAAAAAAUUUGAUCUAUACUUCUUAAAUAUAGUCUGAAUAAUACGAAAAAUUAA